AUGCGCACCAAGAAGGACCUCACGGACAACAAUCGAACUGCAAUCCUGCAGCAGCUUCUCGCGCGGAUGGUUGAUCACAAGACAUUGCCACGACGUGCCUUAGCAGCGUCGCCGUCUCCUUUGGUGUUGACCGAAGCACGGGAAGAAAGGUCGUUCCGGCAGGAACCUCAAGCACGACUCUGUUGUCUCACACUCGUGCCCAAGGCUCGACGGACAACAUUUCGGUCCAUCGCUGCCGCCAUGACCAUGCCCAAGUCGACCCUGCAUGACUACCAUCGGCGAGGAAUUUUCGUGAAAUACUCUAGUACAGUCAAGCCGGCACUGACGGAUGUCAACAAGGCCCAUAAUGGACUGUGUCGAUGUGGACGAAAAGUGGUUCUUCGCCACGCGAGUUCACAGUCGAACUAUCUUGCACCCGACGAAGACCCUCCUCAUCUCACGGUCAAGUCCAAAACGUUCAUCAUGAAGGUCAUGUUUCUAUCCACCGUUGCACGAUCACGUUGGGACCAUGACAAAUGCGAGUGGUUCGACGGCAAGAUCGGCACAUGGCAUUUUACGGAUCGAGUUCCGGCGUUGCGUGGAAGCCGCAAUACACCGGCUGGAACCAUGGUGAUGAAGCCGGUCAGCGUGACUCGCGAUGUGUACACGCCCAAGCUCCUGGACAAGGUAAUCCCCGCUAUCAAAGCAAAUUGGCCCCAAGAUGAGACCAAGGGUGUGAUCAUCCAGCAGGACAACUCCAGGCCUCACGUUCCCCCAUCGGACCCUCGCAUCGUUGCUGCGUGUACCAGCGGAGGGUGGGCCAUGCAAGAGAGGUUUCAGCCUCCCCAAAUGCCGGACCUCAACGUGUUGGACCUGGGGUUCUUUCGAGCGUUGUAG